UUGCGUCGUUUUGCUCUUUCUUCUACACUCUUCUGACCAUCUUUAUCAAUUGUUGAGAGAGAGAGAGAGAGAGAGAGAGCGGUUGUGUGUGUUUGCUUCGGACGAGGAGGUAGAGAGAUAUAUCGGAGGAAAAGUUUGAAUCUUCAAUCCGGUGAUGGUGUGACAGAGUAAAAGCCUAAUCCUUCAAUAUAUUUGAUAGCUGCAAAGAAAAGUCUGAGCAUCUUAGAGCCCAAGGUUGUUAACAUCUAGUAUUCUUUGCCUCCUCAAGUGGGAAGAAGUUGGGAAAAUGAAAAUCUCCAUCAGAGUGUAGAUUUCCGGGGUUUGACAAAAACCCAGUUUUUGACUCAGGAUUUUGUUGGUUAAAAACAAAGAGAGGGUUUGGAGGGAUUUAGUAAAAAAGGAAAGUGAUCGUGAAGAGGUUGAUGUUCAGAAGAAAUUCAAGCCCCACCAAGGUUGAAUUCCUGGAUCCGCCCCUGAGUCCAAGUAGGAUUAAUUGGUAAUUACGGAGACGCCACACUCUGCUUCAAUGGCUGCCGCAGUGACAUCUCAGGCUUCUCUGAAACAACCAAAGCUGCUCCCUUUCUCACCCAAAACCCCGCAAAACCCUCGCCCCACUUUAAUCUAUGUGCCCUCUUUCACGAACUCAAAACUGAAAUCUGGUCUCAAAUUGGGAAAUGGGUUCGCUGCAAAAGCUUCAAUGGUUGUCAAUGAGAGCGAUUCGAAGUCUUCAGUUUCUGAAAAGAGGGCCAACAGCCCCAUCAUUGUUAUUGACAAUUAUGAUAGCUUCACCUACAAUCUCUGCCAGUAUAUGGGAGAGCUUGGAUGUCACUUUGAAGUUUAUCGCAAUGAUGAAUUAACAGUGGAUGAACUAAAAAGGAAAAAUCCUAGAGGAGUCUUGAUCUCCCCAGGGCCAGGGGCACCCCAAGAUUCUGGAAUAUCAUUGCAAACUGUGUUGGAGUUAGGACCCAUUGUCCCCUUGUUUGGUGUGUGUAUGGGUCUGCAGUGCAUUGGGGAGGCUUUUGGAGGGAAUGUUGUUCGUUCUCCUUAUGGUGUUGUGCAUGGGAAGAGCUCUCCCGUGUAUUAUAAUGAGAAGGAGGAAGACAGCUUGUUUGCUGGACUAUCAAACCCUUUCACUGCUGGCAGAUAUCACAGUCUUGUAAUUGAAAAGGACAGUUUUCCUAGCGAAGAACUUGAAAUUACAGCAUGGACCGAGGAUGGACUGAUAAUGGCUGCUCGUCACAAGAAAUAUAGGUAUCUUCAGGGUGUCCAGUUCCAUCCUGAAAGUAUCAUCACUUCCGAAGGCAGGACAAUCGUUCGCAACUUUGUAAAACUGAUCGAGAAAAGUGAGUCGGAAUAUGAGAAUAACUAGAGGUUUGGUUUGUCUACACAGUGUAAUGUAAUGUAUCGGAUCAAUAUAUAUUUAUGGGCCUUUAAGUCAGCUCGCUAGUGAAUCAGAAGUUGAUCAUGUUUCUCGUCUACUCUUUCAAUGUACUUCAUCACAUGUAGACAUGUAGUAUUUCAACUCUAUUAUAGUAUUAUCAAUCCUUCCAUAACUUCCUGAAGAUAA